UGUUUUGCCAGAUCAGCCAGACAGCGAUCUUUCAGCGAGGUCACUGUGCUUUGCCUCUUCUGCUCAUCCAGAAGUAUGGAGUUCUGCUUUCUGAUCGUCGCUUUCCUCUUUGCUUUCAGUCUCUCCAGUGGAGAAAGGACGCUCAAGUUUGUCACUGUGCUUUAUCGUCAUGGGGACAGAUCUCCAAUCAAGUCCUAUCCAACUGAUCCCUAUAAGGAGAGCGACUGGCCCCAGGGGUUUGGACAGCUCUCUCGGGAGGGAAUGGAGCAGCAUUUUGAACUGGGUCGGUUUUUAAAGAAACGGUACACAGGAUUCCUGAGUGAGGACUAUGACCGGCAUGAGAUAGUCAUAAGAAGCACAGAUGUUGACCGCACUCUGAUGAGUGCAGAAGCGAACCUGGCUGGCAUGUUCCCACCUAAUGGUUCUGAGGUGUUUAAUCCAGAUUUGAAAUGGCAACCAAUACCUGUUCACACUGUCCCAGCAGAUGAAGAGAAGCUGCUUUCAUUCCCUCUGAACGACUGUCCACGUUACACACAGUUAAUGAACGAGACUGAAAAAACAGACUUUUUUCUUAACAUGACUGAAACCUACAAGGACUUCAUAGAGAUGGUGAAAAAUAAAACAGGACUGGAGAAAACUAACAUUGAGACAGUUUGGAGUGUGUAUGACACAUUGUUCUGUGAGGCAAAUCACGGGAUGCGACCACCAGACUGGGUGACCUCGAGUGUGAUGGAGACGCUAAAGGUGUUAAAGAACUUCGGUUUUCAGAUUAUGUUUGGAGUCUACGAGAGAAAAGAAAAGUGCAGACUUCAGGGAGGCCUGCUGUUAGAUCAGAUCAUUAAGAAUCUCUCAAAUGCAGCAGCACUGGACUCUAAACAGAAAGUGAAGAUGAUGGUAUACUCCGCACAUGACACAACAGUCGUAGCCCUACAGGAAGCUCUGAAUGUUUUUAAUGGUCUGCAGGCACCUUAUGCCUCGUGUCAUCUAAUUGAACUUCACCAGGAAGAGAACGGGACAUUUACAGUGGAGAUGUUUUAUCGCAAUGACACUAAUGUGUCUGAGCCGUACCCUCUGUCUUUACCGGGCUGUCUCCAGCGCUGCCCCCUACAGGACUUUGUGAACCUCACACGUGAAGUCAUCCCACAAGACAGGAAUAAAGAGUGUCAGAUAAAGAAGGAACCCACAGACACUGAGGUCAUCAUCGGGCUGGCCGUGUGUGGAUGUCUUCUCUUCCUCCUGAUACUGCUGCUGUUUGUAAUGCUGUGCCGUCUAAAAGAGCCCAGGGCUGGCUACAGUCAUGUCAUAAACGAGAGUGACUCCUGACAAUCAUAUCCACUCCUCCGCAAAGAGGAACUGUGGGACAGUGAGGAGGACCUAUGAGGACACCACGCCAAGUUGUUGAGAAACUCUAAAGACGGAUCUCUUUUUGGUAACACAUUUUUUAUAUUGGGGAAGAGUUGGUAAUGUUUUUUUUACUUACUUGUAACCUUAAAGGGGGGGUGAAAUGCUCGUUUUCACUCAAUAUCCUGUUAAUCUUGAGUACAUAUAGAGUAGUA